GGCUUCUAACCACAUUGUCUUUCUACCCCCCUCAGCCACUUCCUUCACAACCAUCUCCCUGACAGCAGCCCCUCAAGACAUGGCCUCAAAGAGAGCAUUGGUGAUUCUGGCUAAAGGGGCAGAGGAGAUGGAAACUGUAAUCCCCACUGAUGUUAUGAGAAGAGCAGGGAUCAAGGUGACUGUUGCAGGCCUAACAGGAAAAGAACCAGUGCAGUGCAGUCGAGAUGUCUUCAUUUGCCCUGAUGCCAGUCUUGAAGAUGCCAGAAAAGAGGGGCCUUAUGAUGUUGUGGUCCUGCCUGGAGGGAACCUUGGAGCUCAAAACUUGUCUGAGUCUGCUGCUGUGAAAGACAUUUUGAAGGACCAGGAAAGCAGAAAAGGCCUGAUUGCUGCCAUAUGUGCAGGUCCUACUGCCCUUCUGGCUCAUGGGAUAGGGUAUGGAAGCAAAGUCACAACACAUCCUUUGGCCAAAGACAAAAUGAUGAAUGGAGCACACUACUCCUACUCGGAGAGCCGCGUGGAGAAGGACGGGAACAUCCUCACCAGCCGCGGGCCUGGCACCAGCUUCGAGUUUGGCUUGGCCAUUGUGGAAACGCUGCUGGGGAAGGAAGUGGCUGAACAGGUGAAGGCACCUCUAAUACUGAAAGAGUGAAAUCCUGGUGUGGGAUAGGGACUAGGACAAAUUUAGAUAGUCUUAUCCUUUGUAGAAUAACUGUAAUGUGCACUGUUGUAAAUACACUUUAAUUGUGGGUGAAAUUAGUAACUGUACUUACCUGAACUGGGAUACCUUAACAAACCAAAGGUCUUCAUUUCUGGAAAAAGAUCCUGUUAGCAAAAAGCUUCAUCACAAAAAAACAGUCAGCAUCUAAUAAUCCUAGUUAGUUCUUGGAUGGCAUUUAAAAAUCACAUGGAAAAAUGUUUGCUGAGUAAAUAAAAAUGGAGCAUCCCUACUGGUGUGUUGUUCCUUUCUGUGUUUUCUCCCAACCCAGACCCAUGAAACCUUUUUACCACCAUGUACUAUUCAAAACAACAUCUGUUUAGAUUCCCACACAGUUCUUCUGAAGUCUGAGCUGAAAUGAGAAGAUGGCCAAGCCCUGGAACAAACUCCCUAGGGUGGUGGUCAUGGCCCCAGGCCUGCCAGCAUUCAAGAAGUGUUUGGACAACACUUCUCACAACACUUCUCUUGGCUGUAUGGUUUAACUUUUAGGUUGCCCUAUGUGGAGUUAGGAGUUGGUUUUGAUAAUCUUCAUGAGUCUCUUCCAACUCAGGACAUUCUCUGAUUUCAUGACAUAGAUUAUUAAGUUGUAACCUAGAAUUAGUUAAAACAAUGUUUCAUUUCUUGUGUACAAAUAAGUAACUAAUAUUUUCUGACAGUGUUGGAACUAAAUUGAAAGUGUGAAUAUUCAUACCUUGUCAAACAUCCCAGUGUUCCUGCAGGUUGAACAUGAUACCUUGAAAUUUUCUUUUGCAUUAAAUGAUUGCUGAUUCAUUGAGCUAUUUGGGCAGCUAAUAAUCAGCAUAGAGCAUGAAGUUUAGAUUUGGUAGAAUGCCACCAGUAGCAGAGCUUGGUUUUGCUUACUAAAAAUUGGAAGUUGCUACAAGCCUGGCUUAAGUGAGCCUUUGUCAGCUUAGAGGAGUUGCAGGACAGGUCUCUGGAGGAAGUAAGGGAGCUGUAUUCCCAUGAGAAUUAAGAACUUGGCAUCAAUUUCCGUCUUUGUUACCUUUCUUUCACCAAAUCAUUCUGGUGUUACCUGGCUCCGUCAGCAAUCAUGCUUAAGGAUGGCACUUCACUGGACUCUGAAGUUAUCCCAGCAUCUGGAGAUCUGGUUCUGCAUACAUCUGAAGUGCAUAGUAUGAACUUUAGAAAAUGACUGCACAGGAGCCUUUAUGAUUGCUUAUUUUAAUAGGAAACAAGUUCAUUCCCAAUUACUGCAUUUUCGUAAGGAAAUACAUGGAUACUUUUGCAAAUUUAGAAUUAAGAAAUGUCUGUGUUGUUAAUAACUACUGGAAGAACUGCUUCAACUCUAUGCUCUGUCUCUUAAUUUGUUUAGGAAAUAUUUCAUAUGUUUCUCUAGCUUUGAAAUAUGCUCAAGAUAUGCAAAAGUUGUAAUCUAUGUAAGAUUUUACAUGUUUGUGUGGUAAAUCUGCACAUCUAACUGGUAUUGCCAUGCAAAUGUAAACCAAAUGAUGGAAAGAGUCUUUGUCCUAGAAUCUGGAAUAAUUACUUGAUUUGUAAAUGGGCAUGAUUCAGAAUACAGGAAAAGCUCUGCAUUCCUGGGUGGCAGCACUGCUUUGUAACAUUAGAAGGAAAAUAUUUCCAUGCUUGUAUUGUUUUUAGUCUUGCAGAAAUAUUUUAAUACAAAGCAUUAGCAAAGUGGUCAUAAAUUUGAUUAUAAUGUUUUUUCUUCUCCGA